CAACCAAAGCCAAAGCCGAAGGACAAGAACAUAAAAAGAUGUUAAGUUCACUUGUGGGAUUUUAAAGACAAACCAUUGAUACGAAACAUUAUGGCUGCUGAUUUUGAAUAUAAACAAAUGUUACUGAAGCUUGAUAAAUCAUUGAAAACUGAGGAAUUUGAGUCGCUCAUGUUUCUGUGUAAAGAUGAUGUUAGGAAAAGAGAAAGAGAAAAUGUUAAAAGACCUACAGAUUUGUGGGAAAUUCUGGAGACCCGAGAAAAACUAGGUCCAACAAAUUUAAUGUUUCUUAAGGAUCUCAUUCGUCAUUCCUGUAAUGGUCGUGUUGAUGUGAUGAAGAUAAUUGAAAACUUUGAGAAUGGAAUUCCAGAUGAUCAACAGUUUGUGCCACCUCGGCCAGUUUGUCAACCAUCGCAACAACCAGUGAUGGGGAAUCGUACUCCUUAUCAAAUGAAUCAUUUAAAUCCAAAUACAAGUAAUACAGUGAAUGUAGACAAAUAUAUGAAAGAAAUCAAUUUCUUAACAAAGAAUUUGGGUAAGGAAUGGCGAUUCUUCAUGAGGACGCUGGGUGUUACGGAUGGCGACAUGUUGUCAGUGGAACAGGAUUAUCCACGUAGUUUACGGGAUCAGAUAUACCAGUGCUUGGUACAGUGGAUAAGUGAUAAUGGUGGACAGUUUGAUCGGGGAAAAGUAAUAGGUGCGCUGCGAGACUCUGCCGUUGAAAGAUAUGACUUAGCUGGACGUAUUGAAGAUCAUGACAUUUAAUCAAAAUGCUGAACCUUGAAAGCAGAUGAAUAUUUAUGUGAUACAUUGUAGUGUGAUACUCUGUGCACAGUUAUUUGUUUUUGAUUAUACUGCAAGUGUCACUUGUCUUUUAACAUUUAUGAACCAAGUCUAUAAAUUUAAAACAUUCAUACUUCAUUAUCUUCCAUUGAAAAGAGUAUGUGGCCCUGAACUUCAGUCCCUUGUGUACAAAGAUUUUCCUUAAAAUUGACUUGGUAGUUCUUGAGAAGUAGUCAAAAUUGUAAAACAUUAAACAGCUGUACAGAAUAUAAACUUUGAUAAGAAAAGCUCACUUGAGCUUUGAGCUCCAUUGAGCUUACUAGAACCUCUAUGUGCACAUAUUUGAGCAUAUUCAAGAAAAGUACAAUAUGUCAUGUUCUUUUUGGUGGAGUCAUAAAUGCUAUCCUUUAUAUGAUCAGAUGAUAUGUACAUGUAUAUAAUAAAUUUAGAUCACCUGAGUCAGACAGGUGACAUUAUUA